AUUUUAUUCUGUGAACUCUGAUUUUGUACCCUGGGAUCCAUCUUUUCGGCUGAUCUGAUCGGAUUAGUGAGUGAAUUUCGAGAUUAUUCUAAUGGUGAAAGAAACUGAAUAUUAUGAUAUUCUUGGUGUUUGCCCACUUGUAUCCGAUGAUGAUAUUCGCAAAGCUUACUAUCUGAAGGCGCGACAAGUUCAUCCUGAUAAAAAUCCGAAUGAUCCUCAAGCGGCUGAGAGAUUUCAGGUGCUUGGUGAAGCUUAUCAAGUUUUGAGUGAUCCUGUGAAGAGAGAUGCAUAUGAUAGGAAUGGAAAAGGCUCCAUAUCAAAGGACACUAUGCUGGAUUCGACUGCGGUUUUUGCUUUUCUUUUCGGAAGUGAACUAUUUGAAGACUACAUAGGGCACCUAGCCGUUGCGACAAUGGCUUCUGCGGAAUUAGUUGGUGAAAAUGACACCCCCGAAAUAUUGCAUGAAAAGUUGAAGAUUAUCCAAAGGGAAAGGGAAGAAAGAUUAGCUAGAAUAUUGAUAAAUUUUAUUCAACAAUAUGUUCGAGGUGAUAAAGAAGGAUUUUUAGACCGAGCUGAAUCAGAGGUGGAACGACUUACACAAGCAGCUUUUGGAGCAAAUAUCUUGCACACUAUCGGAUACAUAUACGAAAGACAAGCCGCACAAGAGCUCGGAAAGAAAGCGAUUUACCUUGGGGUACCAUUUAUGGCCGAGUGGGUUCGGACCAAAGGGCAUUUCUGGAAAUCACAAAUUACUGCAGCAAAAGGGGCUUUUCAGUUGCUGCAACUUCAAGAAGAAGCAAGUCGCCAAUUUAAAAUGGAUGGAAGCGGGCCUAUAAACGACGUUGAAUCACAUCUAAAAUCCAGCAAGGAGACACUCAUGAGCUCACUCUGGAAAUUGAAUGUUGUUGAUAUUGAAGUCACCCUUUUACAUGUUUGUCAAAUGGUGCUCCAUGAAAAUAAUGUCAAGAAGGAAGAACUUAAAGCUCGGGCGGUUGCUCUAAAACUUUUAGGAAAAAUAUUUCAGAGGAAGAAACAAUCACAAAGUGUUGGAACAUCAAAGAAGAAAGUUGCUUCUGAUAUUCAUGAUGAUACAAGCAGCGGAUCUGAUAGUAGCGACGAUGAAGAUUCACCAAGAACGCUGAGUUAUCGAGCACCUUUGAUCACACAGGGAAUCGGUAGGUUAUUCAGAUGCUUGUGUAAUCCGGCAUAUGAUGUGGAUGAUGACGACGGCGACGCGAUUGUUUACAAGAGCAACAAAUGAUUGAUGGUUGAUGUUGUGUUCUUGUGGAAUGCUCAUGUGAGGAAAUUAAAUAUGCAAAUAUCCUGGAUAUAGAGGUAAAUUUGGUUGAAUAUUGUGUGUUAAUUUUUGUGGAAUGUUCCUUAUACAACACAACACUGAUAUAUAACUGAACAUAUGAAGUUUUGAUUUGUACUUAUUUUAAGAAGAAAAAUGAAGAAUGUUUUUCAGGA